CGGAUUGUCAUCGACCGGUGAGUGCUCGCAGUGAAGUGUCGUCUGCGGAACGUCGGCUGAAGCCGGGAUCAACCACGUUGUGGAGGGCAGCGGACAUUGUCUCUUUCUGCUUGUCAGAGGCAUCUCGUCAGUAGUGCUUGAUGGAGGCUUCGUUUCGGUGACCGGACAAUGUCAUGAUGGUGCGGCUGUCCAACCCUGCCUCAUUCAGCUCUGUAAUUGCCGAAGCUCUGAUGCAGUGGUUGGUGUAGGUCAAACUCAACUCGGCCUCUUUGGAGAUGUCCUUCAUCAUGAUACCGAUUUUGUUCUUGCCAAGCGAUGGUUUGUAGUACCAUGGAUGUGCUUCUGUGAGGAGGACUUGUCAGGUGGCGAUGGAUGGCAGCCCUCAUUCCUCUUAGCGACUGUGACUAGUUGAUCCUCAUCAUCUGACGCCCGACUUCAAUCGCAAAGAUGCAGGAAAACAGCCCUGGUCGGCGGGGUAAAGCUAGGAUCUUAACCGAGGAGUACAACCACUCACUCGGCAAACUCAUCGGCACGAAGAGGAGGGUUAAGCCAAGUCGUAAGGCGGCAUUCAUGGCCGCCUUUCCUGUUAAAGCCUCGCCAAGACUCCAUUCUGAUGAAGAGGGAGCAUCCGUCCAGUCACGGAGAGAUGCGUCAGUUAACCAUUCUGAGCACGGCGAAACUUCGACAACAGAAGAAACAAUCAGUAAAGCUGGAGUGAAGAGUCCCGUCGAUGUGAGACAGAAGUUGCAGGUUUUUGUCCGAGGUCUCCUCUUACCAAAGACACUUUGCCUGCAAGUGGAUCCAGAGACACCGGUAUCUGAUUUAAAGGCCUUGGUUGAAAGAGAGAGUGGCAUCCAGCCUGAAAAUCAACACCUUUACAUCGGGAGAAACUUUCAGCUUUGUGACCUACUCUCCAUUCGCGACCAUGGGAUACAACAAGACCAGAACAUCAAACUUCGCGCUGGCGGCUUGCUAGGCGGUGGACUAUUAGAAGAGGAGCCGUCGAGAAACAUAUACUUCUUAAACUUGUCACGCGAGCUUGGACCACACUGGGAGAAACUUGCCAUCCAUUUGAGAUUCUCGGUCAGUGAACUCGACACAUUCAUAAAAAACUACCCGCAAAACUCAGAACAGCAGAGCUUCCGGAUGUUAGAUACCUGGUGGAAGAAACAGGACAACCCCGCCGACGCUCCUGAGAAGCUGAGAGGCGCUCUGAAAGCAAUCGACCGUGCAGACUUAGCAUUGCAAACACCAGAUAUAAGAGCUAACCGAAAAGACGUUGCAGAAACUUCUUUCGAGGUAAAACUGUGUGCAAGAGAAUUGGCAGCGCAUUACCGGGAGACGAUGAAAGUGACGACACAUCCUACAGAGAGACACCUGUCCAGAGAGAUGGAAGACAUCUACGUUAAACCACUGCUACUGCACGAGACCAACAUACCCACUCCCGUCUCCACAUCACAGACAAAGAUGCAGUUAGAAACAGGCAGCCAAUCGAUGCACUCCAAAGCUUCGAAAAGAGGAACUUCCGAUCCCCUUAGAUCACAAGCUUAUAUGGACAAAGGGAUUCCAGUCCAAAAAAUUCCCCUUGACUCCUAUGAAGACAUGCUUAAGCUCAAAGGAAAUCGAUUAUUAGUCAUAGCUGAAGCGGGUUUAGGGAAAACAACACUUCUUAAAAAGAUCGCAUACGAUUGGGCUGAUCUAAAAACGGGGGAUCAAACUGAAAAACAACAACAACCUGAGCGCACAUCAGUCCUAGGUAGGUACGAGCUUGUCUUUGUGGUCGAGGUCAAUCAAAUGGGUGAGACAUUUGACAUCAUAGACGCCAUUUUCUCUCAAAUAAUUACAGACAGGAAACUAAGGGAGAGAUUUGAAGGCCUAGAAAAAUACAUCAUUGAAAAUCCAGAGCGCGUAUUAAUUCUUUUGGAUGGCGCUGAUGAGAUUUCUUUUCAAAGAUUAAAAGUUGCACAGUGCAAAAGCGGAAUCAGCUUGAACGAUGUAGUUUCGUUUAAAACACUCAAGUCGUGCAAGGUUAUAGUUACUAGCCGACAGAAGACGGCAAAUGAACAGCUGUUGAGUAUGCAUGAACACUUCACCAAAAUUAACAUUGUCGGUUUUGACGAGGAAUACAGGGCAAAAUAUGCGAGGAAAUACUUGACAAAUUUUAAAACAGAUGAUCAAAACCGUUUUCUAGCCAGGGUGAACGGAUCCGAAACUCUUCGUAGUUUAGCAGAGAUACCUCUAUUUUUGUGGCUGAUGUGCCACACAUGGGCACAUGAAGAUAAAUUGCCUGAUCAAAUAACUAGCCUUUUUCAGGAUAACAUGCAUCUGCUUUAUCAGCAUAAGACCAGUAAAGAGACAGAGAAGCAAGUUUCUGACACCCAAACAGAUGUCUCAAAACUUGGUAUGAUAGCUCUUGAGGGUCUGUUAGAUCCAAAUGGGGAGAUGCUUCAUUUCAGUGAGGAUAAGAUCGAUUCAAAGGACCUACAUAUUUUUAAGAAAGGUUCUGAUGUUGGCUUGUUGUCAAAAAGAAAAAUAUUUCGACGUCUUGAGACAGUUUCUUACUUUUCGUUCCUGCACAAGACUUUCCAGGAAUACUGUGCGGCGGCAUUUCUAGUAGAUUUGUCAAGGACUGACGAAAGCACCUUUGACCAAUACUUGUCUCGUAUAUUGCACGGUGAUGUGGAAACAUUGGAAUACGUUCUGAUAUUCUGCUGUGGGCUGGACAAGAUCGUCGCCGAGAAGAUCUUAAGGCGCAUUGAAGAACUCCUGAGGGGAAAUAAAAUGAACAAGUCCUUGCAUAAAAUUCUGAUGUUACUCCUAUUUGAGGCUCAGUCAGAGUCACUUGUGAAAUGCUUUGUUGAGACUGGAAAGGUUGACUUUCCAUAUGAACUCCGAGGUGAAGUUCUCGUGGCUACGCAUUAUUUCUUUGAAGUCGGGUCCAAACAUAAAACUCUGCACAACGUAGACAUAGAAAUAGUUAGUGCUGCAUGUUUAGGUUUGGCUGAUUUCAUACUUUUAGAAAAUAUAAUGACACACAUACAAUGUAAGCCGUCGCUGAUACUUGAACUCACAAGAAUCAGCUUGGAUAGCUUUGUGGAUAACUCGACAGAAACGCUAAGAUACUUAAAGACUUUACAUAUACGUUACUGUGAUUGGAACCUUGUAAAAUUGUUUGAGGUGUUAUCAAAAAACAACACACAAAUAAUGUUAUUAGGAACAAGUGGCACCAUUUCGCUUGAUACAGUGUCUAAACAAAACAUUGAAAUACUUCCAUGCCUGCAACAACUUGUUGUUUUCGACAGUGGUCUGACAAAGAGUGACAUCGAACCAUUAUUUAUUCUCCUUUCAGCAGCAGGCAGCAUAAAUACAGUUGUUUUGACAGAAACCGAUCUACACGGUUUGCAGCCUAUUGAGGUAACUGCUGUUCCUUCGCUGUCUUCACUACAUCUCUAUGAGUGUGGUCUGACACACAAUGACAUCGAGCCACUCUUCUCUCUUCUGUCAGCAGCAGGCAGCAUAGAGACACUUGUUCUGAGAGGGAACAAUCUACACAAUUUGCAGCCAAUAAACGUAGCAGUUGUUCCCUCUCUUUCUGUGCUACAUCUCGGUCAGUGUGGUCUGACAAAAACUGACAUUAACGCAUUGUUUUCUCUCCUUUCAGCAGUAGGCAGCGUGAAGAAAUGUAUUCUGAUGGCAAACAAUUUACAUGGUUUGCAGCCUGCAAAGUUCACAGCUGUUUCCUCCCUGACUGAACUACAUCUUCAUGAAUGUAAUCUUACAAAAAGUGAUAUUGAGUCGCUCUUUUUUCUCUUGUCAGCGGCAGGCAGUAUAAAAGGACUUUUUCUGAAAGGGAACAAUCUACACGGCUUGAAGUCUGAUAAUAUAACUAAUGUUCCUUCUCUGUCCGCACUACAACUCGAUCAGUGUGGUCUGGCAAAAAGUGACAUCGAGUCCCUUUUUUCGCUCCUGUCAGCUUCAGGCAGCAUAAAGACACUUUUUCUGAACGGAGACAAUCUGCAAGGUUUGCGGCCUGUGAAUGCAAAAGCUGUUCCCUCCCUGACUACAAUACGACUCCAUCAGUGUGGUCUAACAAAUACUGACAUUGAGGCACUCUUCUCUCUCCUGUCAGCGGCAGGCAGCAUAAAGACACUUUUUCUGAGCGAAAACGGUAUACACGGUUUGCGGCCUAUGAAUGUAUCAGCUGUUUCCUCCCUGUCUGAAAUACACUUCGAAAAGUGCGGUCUGACAAACACUGAUAUUGAUCCAAUUUUGUCUCUACUAAAAGCAGCAGGCAGCAUAAAGAAAUGUAUUCUGACAGCAAACAAUUUACACGGUUUGCAGACAGAAAAAAACACAGCUGUUCCCUCCCUGACUGAACUACACCUACAUGAAUGUAAUCUUACUGAAAGUGAUAUAGCGCCGCUUUUUGUGCUACUUUCAGCAGCAGGCAGCAUAAGGACGGUUGCUUUGACAGAAAACAAUCUACACGGUUUGCAGCCUACAAAGGUAACUGCUGUUCCUUCUCUGUCUUCACUACAUCUAUAUGAGUGUGGCCUGACACACACAGACAUUGAGCCCCUUUUUUCUCUUCUGUCUGCGGCAGGCAGCAUAAAGAAACUUGUUCUGAUUGGAAACAAACUACACGGUUUGCGGCCUAUGCAUGUAACAGCUGUUCUCUCCCUAUCUGUGCUACAAGUUGAACAUUGUGGUCUGACAAACACUGACAUUGAUCCAUUUUUCUCUCUCCUUACAGAAGUAGGCAGCAUAAAGAAAUGUAUUCUGGUAGCAAACAAUUUACAUGGUUUGCAGCCUGCAGAGAUCACAGCUGUUCCCUCCCUGACUGCACUUCAACUCAAUGAAUGUAAUCUGACAAAAAGUGACAUUGAACCACUUUUUAUUCUGCUUUCAGCAGCAGGCAGCAUAAAGUCAGUUACUUUGACAGAAAACAAUCUGCACGGUUUGCAGCCUAUUGGGGUAACUGCCGUUCCUUCUCUGUCCUCACUUCAUCUCUAUGAGUCUGGUCUGACACACAGUGACAUUGAGCCACUUUUCUCUCUUCUUUCAUCAGCAGGCAGCGUAAAUACACUUUUUCUGAGAGGAAACAAUCUACAAGGUUUGCGGCCUAUGCAUGUAACAGCUAUUCCCUCCCUGUCUGUGCUACAAGUUGAACAGUGUGGUCUGACAAGCACUGACAUUGAUCCAUUUUUCUCUCUCCUCACAGCAGUAGGCAGCAUAAAAGAAUGCAUUCUGCUAGCAAACAAUUUACACGGUUUGCAGGUUGCAAAGAUCGCAGCUGUUCCCUCCCUUAGAAUAAUACAACUAUACGAAUGUAAUCUGACAAAAAGUGAUAUUGAUCCCCUUUUUAUUCUCCUUUCAGCAGCAGGAAGCAUUAAGACAGUUACUUUGUCAGGAAACAAUAUACACGGUUUGCAGCCUAUUGAGGUAACUGCUGUUCCUUCUCUGUCUUCACUACAUCUCUAUGAGUGUGGUCUUACACACAAAGACAUUAAGUCACUUUUCUCUCUCGUGGCCGCGGCAGGCAGCAUAAAGACACUUUUUCUGAGAGGAAACAAUCUACACCGUUUACGGCUUAUGAAUGUAACAGCUGUUCCCUCCCUGUCUGUGCUACAAGUCGAACAGUGUGGUCUGACAAACACUGACAUUGAUCAGUUCUUUUCUCUCCUUUCAGCGGUAGGCAGCGUAAAGAAAUGUAUUCUGAUAGCAAACAAUUUACAUGGUUUGCAACCUUCAAAGGUCACAGCUGUUCCCUCUCUGACUGAACUACAACUACAUGAAUGUUAUCUUACAAAAAGUGACAUUGAGCCCCUGUGUAUUCUCAUUUCAUCAGCAGGCAGCAUAAAGACAAUCGCUCUGACAGGAAGCAAUCUACAGGGUUUGCAAUCCAUUAAGGUAACUGCUGUUCCUUCGCUAUCUGUACUACAACUCGAUCAGUGUGGUCUGGCAAACUCUGACAUUGAUCCAUUUUUUUCUGUACUUACAUCAGCUGGUAGCAUAAAGAAAUGCGUUUUGCUAGCAAACAACCUACACGGUUUGAAGCCUUCAAAAAUCACAGCUGUUUCCUCCCUGACUGAACUUCAACUACAUGAAUGUUAUCUGACAAAAAGUGACAUUGAUCCACUAUUUAUUCUCCUUUCAGCAGCAGGCAGCAUAAAGUCAGUAACUUUGACAGGAAACAAUCUACACGGUUUGCAGCCCAUUAAGGUAACUGCUGUUCCCUCGCUGUCUUCACUACAUAUCUAUGAGUGUUGUCUGACACAAAGUGACAUUGAGUCACUUUUCUCGCUUGUUUCAUCAGCAGGCAGCAUAAAGAAACUAUUUCUGAGAGGGAACAAUCUACACGGUUUGCAGCCUAUCCAUGUAACAGCUGUUCUCUCCCUGUCUUAUCUACAACUACAACAGUGUGGUCUGACAAACACUGACAUUGAUCCAUUGUUUUCUCUCCUUUCAGCCGUAGGCAGCGUAAAGAAGUGUAUUCUGAUAGCAAACAAUUUACACGGUUUGCAGCCUUCAAAGAUCACAGCUGUUCCCUCCCUGACUGAACUACAACUACAGGAAUGUAAUCUGACAGCAAGCGAUAUUGAACCGCUUUUUGUUCUCCUUUCAGCAGCAGGCAACAUAAUGAAGGUUGCUUUGACUGGUAAUAAUCUACACGGUUUGCAGCCUAUUGAGGUGAACGCUGUGCCCUUCCUGUCUGAACUAUAUCUCUAUAAAUGUGGUCUGACAAACGCUGACAUUGAGCCACUUUUCUCUCUUCUUUCAUCAGCAGGCAACACAAAGAGAGUUGUUCUGAAAGGCAACAAUUUCCACGGUUUGUCGCAAGUCAGCAUCCACCCUCUUCCCUCUCUUCGCACACUGGAUUUAUCUGAGUGUGGUCUACAAAACAGUGAUAUCGGGGAAGUGUUUCGUUUAUUGUCAUCUCUCGGUCAUGUGGUUGAAUUCCAUUUAAAUGACAACAGUUUUCAAAGUAACGCAUUUGAGGCAUUGGCUUUUGUUCCUUCGUUGGAGUUGGUUUUCCCCUAAGGGUUCAUCGAUCAUUGAACGUACAGAUUUUAUUACAAAGAAGACUAUAUUUCAUAAGCAACAUAUGGCAUUCACUAAUACCAUUAGUGCAACACUUAUGGCUCACAGCCAAAUGAUACACCUGAGCGAGGACACAACUCCGUGGCAUGCCACUCCAACACAAUGCCCAACAGACAACCAAUCAGAAUCUACCAACACAAGCACUUCCAAUCCUAACACAACCUGCUUAAGGACCAGCAUCUCCAGCUCUCCUCAGUCUCAUGACGAUGACUAAAGCAGGCUAGUCGAAGCGUUGAGACCAAAGACAAGUUCUUUUAGAACUUAAGGCAGGAUUGUUCUUAUUAGAACUAAAACUACUUAGUGAAAGUUGAUAAUAAACAGGACGAGAUCUUUUCAGAACUAAAUAUCUACUGGGCAGUACCGUAGUUAUUACCACAUGUUGUUACCACAAACCAAAACGAUACU